AUGAACUGGCUAUACAAGCUAUCUCACCUCGUCUGGCCGGAAAAUACCACCCGUAGCACAGCGCAGGAACCACGAACCCGCGAGCUUUCGAGGGGACGGCGGCGGCGACGACACGCAGCUAAUGGUGUCGAAGAUAUACCAGCCCCGCUCCAGAUGUCCGGCGUGAGCAAUCGGCUGUCUCCUACAAAUGGACAGAUGAGCAACUCUUUUCAGUUCUCACAGCUAGGAAAGGACGCUUCCGGAAUCCGCCCGAACACCAGUUUGCACCGAGAUAAUUCCAACCAUACCACCAGCUUCACAUUAAAGAAAGGCGGCACUAAAACUACACCACAGAACGAAGAGGAAUUACAGGAGGAAAGGAGAUUAUUCGGAGGUUCCAGGAGGGACCCGAACGCCGUUCGUAUAACACCAGGAGCGCUGGCGAGAAAAGGACGAGCCGGCAAGGAUUUGAAGUCUUUUGAGAACUUCACUCCACGAAAUACCCUUCACUCCACCUUCCGGGGAAAACCACUUGAUACCUUUGCUGGAAGGCAUCUUGAUAGGACUACACACUCGGGCUCACAUGUACAAGGUGCUUCGGGAGUGGUUCAGGAGUUAGAAGGAAACAGACCUCGUAAAAGACGAAGAACCGACGAGAUUCAAGCUCCCGCGGAGGUCAUUGAGGUGAAUGAUGAUGAUUCUAUCAUUCACACGGAAUCUCCUUCAUCUACUCGACCUAGAACUUACAGCCUGUCAUAUUUGAGCCAAAGUUCCCCAAUAAUCAACCACCACGGCUCUGCUAAUCAAAAAGAAUCUAUCACACAUGAGUUCUGGAACGUCGAGAGUAGGAUGCAGGAUUUUAAGAACAAAAAGCCGCGCGUUCCAGAUUUGACCGAGGAUGAACUCUUCACCAUGGAAGCCAAGGCACAGCGGCUCGGAAACAACAUCGGUACCAACAUUUCCCAGUCUGGUGGUUCUAGUUUAUCUAGACCUUCUGAACCAAUGGUUGCUAUUGAAGUCUCACCGAUUGGUAAUUUGGGCGGAGCGGAGGGGACAGAAGAGGAGACUCAGGGCUCUGCGGGCAGCCUUGCCGAUUCAACUGUCCAGACGGAUAGUCAGCUUCAUGAUUCUUAUACACGUGAGAGCCCGGAUGCACUUCAGGGAGAUAAAACCGUCCCUGAGAGUUGGCGAAGCGGUGUAAAGGACCGCCUGGGUAGAAUGCCUGGUGAUAUUAGCCCGACAAAUUUCUCCAUCGUGAAGAAGGACCGCAAACGUGCGGAUAGAAGGCGCAGAAUCUCAUCUAAUCAUACGCAUUCAUUUCCUAUGUCUAUGUUUGAUCACAAAAUGGAGACUGUUGAGAAACAGUGCACGCUUAUUGUUAAAAACGGCUCUUUUCUCGUGACAAGUGAUACCGGCUCUUGGGUAUCCAAAGAAUUUUCUAUUGACAAAAUCAACCUAAUUUGGCAUGGUGGACCCAGAGUUGCAAUGAAGUUCCCCAUGGCUUCAGGAUCGACAGACGACCUAAAACUACAAUUUUCGUCUGAGAAGGAAGCGGUUGAAUGCUGUAACCUGAUGGGGGAAUUGAACAAUACUUUGAAAUUAAGGGAUAAGGGGAGUGAGUGGAUGGAAAAUAUGUUCAAACGCUCUCUGAAAAAAAGACAAGGAAACCGUCAACCCGCGAGUUCGAAACGCGAAAGCCUUCAGGAUGACCAUAUUGACGCCGUCGCCCAGCCGUCAACACAACCUAAACGACAGAAGCUCAGUGAGAGCCUACUUGACAGUGACGGAACAACGAGAAAGUCUCCGCUAGAAGACUCACUCCACUCGCGCGGACCCCGCAAGCAUGCUCAGGAUGAUAUGUCGCCUCUCAGCCAUAGUCAUCCAGAUGUUGAUCGUCCUAUAACUAUUCCUGUCAAGAAAUACAGUCCUACCGUGAGCUUGCGUGUCACUCGCUCACAGGGGCAACGGAAACCUACUACAAUUAAUAGUGACCAUGAACCGUCGCCUUCACCUCACCGAUAUACUCGUAUGUGGUCAAGGCCGCUUGUAUACCCACCUAAAGGUAAAAGGAAAGCCGAAGUAGAAUUCCAUGAUUUGGAACGCUUGGGUGAUGGGGAAUUUUUAAAUGACAACCUUAUCGGGCUUUACCUACGGUUUCUUGAGCAUCACAUGGAAAUCAAGAGGCCAGAUCUGGCUACACGUGUUUACUUUUUUAACUCUUACUUUUUUGCAAGCCUUACAAACACGCCUAAGGGUUUGAGGGGUAUUAACUACCAGGCCGUGGAAAAGUGGACGAGGAAUGUGGACCUUUUCAGUUAUGAUUACAUCGUCGUCCCAAUCAACGAAAACAAACAUUGGUAUAUGGCCAUUAUAUGCAACCUCCGUGCUCUGCGUCCCACAGGAUCCAUCGCCGAACGCAAUGAACCUGAGAGCGACAAGGUGACUCAUGAUUCGCCGUGCAGUCAAGCGAGCGCUGAUUUAGGAAAUCCAGAUAACCGGCAAAGCGAUAAAGCCGGGCUUCAACCUGGGGAGAAUAACAACACCGUUGCUCAGACCUUAGAGCAUGGUAGCGAACAACUCCUCCAAGAGGAUUUCGAUUCAAUGUCGUUGUCGGAUAAUGGCCCCGAGGUCAAUUCGAAACAGAAUGACACAAGUCCAUUGAAGGAAUUUGAAACUCAAGACAGGAAUGAAUGGCCGGACGAGGGAGAGAACGGACCACUCGUUUCUAUCGUCCAAACUGAGGAAGAAUCAGAUGUCGCGCAGCAGCCAAAAUCGCUACGCUCUGGGAAACUGAGGAGUUUAGAGCCCCGAGCUAAGAUAUCUCCCCGGAAGCUCCCAUGUGAUCCAAAGGAACCCGUUAUCAUCACUUUCGAUUCUUUAGGUUGUGCUAGGUACCCUACGAUAAGAAUUCUUCGACAAUAUAUCGAGGAGGAAGGGAAAGCUAAGCGAUCACUUAGCGUUGACACGAAAAAAAUCAGGGGCAUUGUUGCUCGAAAUAUACCAUAUCAACCUAAUUUUUCGGAUUGUGGGCUGUAUCUCUUAGCAUACCUUGAAAAGUUUAUGUGGGAUCCGGACGUGUUCAUUAGCAGGUUGGUGAGAAAGGAGAUGAGUGAAUAUUACGAUUGGCCACCGAUGAAAUCCCAUAUUCUUCGGCGGCGGCUGCGGAACUUCCUUCUCGAACUACACGAAGAAGAGGGAAGAUCGAAGCAGAAUGAAGCAGGAGAAGAACGGAAGCUGAUCGAUACCGAUCCACUGAAAAUACUGUUGGUAGAUGAUCCACCCACAGAGGCACCGCAAGGUGAACCUUCUACUUCGAAUCACUCGCUUGGACUAAAGCAGCACUCAGAAACCAGUCCUAAUCCCAGGUCCCUAGAAAACAAGCUACUCGCACAUGAUUCCGAGAAGGAGCCUCGGCAGGUAACACCUACUCGCGCACUUACAAGGCUCAAUCAGAACGAGCAAGUACAGACAUCCAUGGACCCGGCCAUCAUUGAACAUGAAGCUAUUCAGCACUCCGAGGCGAAAUCGCUGCUUGAAGGCAUUUUACUUUAUGGAGGGCAAGAUUCUACAAACAAACAAAAUAUCUCAGAAAUUCCUAGGACUCCUUCUCCUGGGAGAGAGGUACGCGUUUCUGGAAUACCUGAUUCUUCUUCGCACCCAAGAAGCCCAAGUAGCCAUCCUCGGAUACUACAGGGACAGGACCAAGAGAUACUAGAUGGAAUCGAAUGA